AUGGCCAUCGCCGCUUGCUUCUUCACCGCCUCUCUCUCAAGCAACACAAAUCCCAAGCUCAUCAAUCUCUCUCGUUCCUUCCACCCAUCCUCCUCUCUCCACCUCCGCCUCUCCCUCCCCUCUUCUUCCUCCUCCUCCCUCCGCCACGACCACUCCAACAACCGCAUCCUCCCUCUCUUCGUCCCCUCCGCUUCCGGUGGAGAUGGCGGCAUCAACCACCACCCUCCUCCCUCCGGCGGUGGCGGUGGAGAUAACAAUGACGACAACAACCGCAAUGGUGAUGGUGAUAGUGCGGAAGAUAAGAAUAGGGAGGAGGCGAUGAUGGUGUUGGCGGAGGCGAAGCGGUCUGUGGAGAGUUUGCCGGGGGAUUUAGCUGCGGCGAUCCGGGCCGGGAGGAUACCAGGGGCAGUGGUUUCGAGGUUUUUGGAGCUUGAAAAGUCACGGUUUUUGCGGUGGUUGUUGCAGUUUGAUGGGUUUAAAGAGAGGUUGUUGGCUGAUGAUCUAUUUUUGGCUAAAGUUGGGAUUGAAUGUGGCGUUGGUAUGUUCACUAAGACUGCUGCAGAGUAUGAGCGUCGGAGAGAGAAUUUUUUUAAUGAGCUGGAAGUUGUUUUUGCUGAUGUGGUGAUGGCCAUAAUUGCAGACUUCAUGCUUGUUUUUCUUCCUGCUCCCACGGUGCCUCUUCGAUUACCACUAGCUGGAAACGCUGGAGCUAUUGCAAAGUUCUUCCACAACUGCCCUGAUAAUGCAUUCCAGGUGGCUCUCGCUGGAACUUCCUAUUCACUUUUACAGAGAUUAGGUGCUAUAGUGCGUAAUGGGGCGAAACUUUUUGCUGUUGGCACUGCUUCGUCACUAGUUGGUACUGCUGUGACAAAUGCUUUGAUCAAUGCACGGAAAGCUGUGGAUAAGUCUGCUGCUGGAGAAGUUGAAAAUGUGGGUGGACUAUGCUCGCUUGAUAGGAAUCCAGAAGGCUCAGGAGGAGCACAAGGAAUUGACUGA